ACACAUUUAGUAGAAAGAAUAGUUUCAAAAUCAAUUUUUCCCCCUUUUCCAAUUAGUAUAGGGUUUACUGUUUCUACAAAUUCAAUACGAAAAUCCAUAUACACAUCGAAAAUUAACAAUGGAGAAUGGUGAUGGAACAAAUGGGAAAAGGAUAAGGGCUGAAGAUGUAAUAUGUAAGCUCAAGGACGAUGGCGAUUUCGAUAAACUUCGCCUCAAAAUUGUUCGCAGAAUGAAAGAAAAUGUAGAGUUGCGAAAUAGCUUAAGAGCUACAGUGAAAGAAUCAGCAGCACUUAACCGUCCAGGUGCAGAAAAUAUGAAACUGAGGCAACUGUCCGAUGCUAUAUAUCAAGAAGUUGGGGACAAAGUCAUGAGUAAAAUUUCAGAUGAUUUGUGGAAUACAAUCAGAACCAGUGAUGGCAUUCAAACGGAGAUAACCGAAACGGUUCAAUCAGUUUACAAUAAGUUAUUGAACCCACAGCUAAAUGAUGCUGGUGAAUCGGCCUUCCAUUCAGACUUGCAGCCAGCUCAGAAUGGAGUUGAAAGUAAUGGACAUCUUGCUGUUUCUGACAGUGGUAUUGAUACCACAUUUUCUGCUGAUGCGGAACCAAGUGAACCUCCUGGUUUUACCCGAUUAAGUUCAAAUCAGAACGGCAAAAGUGACCAUAAGGAAUCACCGAAAGAAGUGUCGGGAAUUCCUGUUCCUUCUGAUGGAAAAGCAAAAGAAACAUAUACCCAGUCAGAGAACAACUGCUCACUUGACCCUUUGGUACCCAACAGUGUGGAUGUGGGUGCGCCACCUGGCUUUGCUAUAGGCACAAAAGAGAAGAAUCCAGAUGAUGUUAAUGAUGAAGAUCCUGAAGUGCCUCCAGGAUUUGGCUGAUGGCUUAUUAAGUUGUUCAUAUAGUUCUGUUUAUAUUUUUGGGAAAGGUUAGCCAUAUUUGGUUGGUCAUUGUUGUAUCAAGUUCUAGAAGCUUGUGUUUGUACUUGCAGAGAGUACUUUACUUUCACUGCGCCGACUAGCAGCUCAUGACCUCUCUUUCUUCAAUUUCCCGAGGUUAGAAGUCUUAACUAUGUCGCUUGUGCAUGAUCUUGGAUUACAGAUUAGUACUAUCAAAACUCAGAGGCUUCAAAUAUGAACAUUGCUGAUGACAAGAUGUCUUGUUGUAAGAUGUAGACUAAACUAAGUUAAUUUUGUUGGUUCUUUAGAUGCUACCCGCAAUAUUUCUUCCUAACCUGUUCAAGUUGGAUUUUUUUUCUCCCUUGUGAUUUGUCUUUUAAAUGUUUUUCUUUAGCUGAACAAGUUCCUAGAUAACAAGCCUAAAGGUUUUUUAUUGAUGAGCUUGAUAUUGAUGAUAGUGACAAUCUUGAUGCUAGUGAUGAUAUCAAUCGUGACCUUGAUACGGAGCUGGAACUGCUAACUAGGAUGAAUGGGUUUGUUUUUCCUAAAUUUUUAGGAGUUGAUGCUGUGGAUUGGACAAAGGAAAAUUAGUUGGUCAUCCCAUAUGGCAAGAAGGUAUUUUUUGUAAAUGCCUUUACAUGAUUUUCUAAGCAAUUUAUUUUUCUCUUGGUUACAAAGAUGAAGCACUAUGCUCUGGUGAGGUGCCUUGCCUCUUAUGGAGAAUUAUACUAGAGAAAAAAACUACUCCAUUUGUCUCAAUUUA